ACCAACUCCACAUCUGCAUAUUGUUUUAAGCAGAGCCCCAGAAUCUUCACCGCCCACGACAAUUCUCUCUGUUUAAGCAAAAACCCACUGAUUUAUUAAGAAAGAGACGAUCUUUAUUCUGAGUUCGGCGGUGUAAAAUGGCGACGAAAGUUGUGGAUGCGGCGGGGGAACCGAUCCCAACAUCGUCGGUGCUGAUGUCAUCAGCAAAGCACAUUGAAAUCAAAUGCAUGUCCGAAAACGUGGAGUUCCUCAAGUGUAAGAAGAAAGAUCCCAACCCUGAGAAAUGUCUCGAUAAGGGCAGACAAGCUACCCGAUGUGCGCUUGGAGUGCUAAAAGAUGUGUAUGAGAGAUGCAAAGAUCCCAUGGAAGCAUAUGUGGGAUGUAUGUAUUACCACACAAAUGAGUUCGAUUUGUGUCGCAAAGAGCAGCAAGCCUUUGAGAAAGCUUGCCCUUUGGACUGACCAGUCUUGCCUUGCAUGCUUCAUUUAUUAAUAAGUUUGAGUCCUACAGAAACUGUCCCUAUCCCAUGUUUUCGUCAUUGUCUCCCUCUUUUUGUAUGG